AUGACAUCCACUGCAGGGACCAGCUACACCUUGGUUCCUAACCAGAAGUACAGACGCAGUAACCGGCGCUCCAGACAGCGCUGCAACAUCUUGGACACAGAUUCCCAGUCUCUGUCAACACUUGGAUAUUUUAAAACACUUCCAUUGGAGAUCUUUCAAAUGGUAUUGAAUUAUCUUUCAGUGAAGGAUAUCAGCGUGCUGAGCAUGGUGUCGAAAACCAUCAGCAACCGCCUCAUUAAUUACAUCUCAACCCCAUCAGGAAACCGAAGGCUUUUACUGCAAGACUUUCAUAACCUUGAGCUACCUGGCAGGAGAGAAGGAUCCUAUAUUUUAGAGCACUACAAAUCUCUAGGAUUGUUGCUUAAAAGAUGCACGCUUCUGUUGCCCACAAAAGAUAGGCUAAAGUACAUACACAAGAUUCUCUCAGAAGUUUCCUGUUUUAAACUUAAUGGUUGUCCAAGUCCUUUGCGUUGUUUAGGAUUACAGUGCUAUGGGGUAUUUUUACAGAUCCUAACAGCAGGCUGGGAUGAACUGGAGUGCCACCGGGUUUUUAACUUCCUCUGUGAGCUGAGCAAUUUACCUCGUAAAGUGCAGACAGUUGUCAGCAGCAAACCAGGAAGUGCCCGAAAGCUAGAGCUGCGGAUAAGGUUAUACUGUCGUAGCGUCUUGUUGAACCACUGGAUUCAUCAAAGUGAUUCUGCAUUUUGGUUGACUCGCAUUUUAAAGCCGUGGCCCAUGGUCAAUCAAGCUCGCCUGCUGUAUAUCAUCUUUGGGCCUGUGUCCUCUCUUGAUGGCAAGUAG